CGCGUCAGCUGAGCAGCUGCUGCACUGCUUUAGACUGCGGCGAAUACGUCGACGGCGGCAAAUCAAAAUAUAUCGUAAAAUAUAAAUCGUGUACACGGUGAUCCGAUUAAUUCGAUAUUUCAUUCGUCAUUAUUCGUUAUUGUAUUGUAGUAUUGUGAGUUGUGACAGUAAAUUAUAAAUUAUUGACUUAUGAGUUUAUGACUGAAAGGCUCUUCUGGUCGUCAAUGCUUACUAUUGCAUGUGUACGUAGUACGUACCGUACCGGCCGUACCGUACCGGUCGGGGGCUGGGAAAUUCGUUUCAUUAGUUUAAGUCUUAAUAGAAUACUUGCCUAAGUUGGAGCCCGCUUAAAGGAUAAAUGGAUGAUGUGUAUUUUGUGUGACGCAGAAUAUAGCUCUAAAGACUCAUGUCGCUCCGACGACGGCGUGUUUCAUCCAUGGAAACGUCCAGAGUCCACUCCUACUUAUCAAAAUUUUUAAAAUGUUGACAAACCACGUGAGUGGGAGGAGGGAUCAAUGAAAAGGGACGGCAAAAGCGAAAGGGAUAAAUCGCCAAAGUUGAGCAGAUCACAGCGACAUCUGUGUUUGAUGGUGCUGGGUACCGCACCACGUUAGUCGUCAAUCGUCAUACUAUUGUCUAGUUGCGUGUAUAUGUUCGUUGAACACACUGCUUGUUUCAUGUUUUCGAGUUAGUAACCGGACAGAACAGGACUAUUACUCAAUACUCGAUAAUUCAGUACUCUACGGCCAUAAGAGCAGAACCUCAAAUUUUAGAACUUGACACCACUGCCUUUUUUUUAUUAAUUUAUGAUUAUAGAGAUACCAAAUUAUUAUUUAUAACUUAAAUAAUUUAAUGUACAUUAAAAUUAAAAUCAGAUCAUCUGAUCUAAAGCUAAUGUACAGAACUACAGAAGUAUAAUGGUAUAAGCACAGAACAAUAGCAUAAGUGCGAUCUUGUUAUUUUUUAUGCCUAUUGUUAUUGAAUAUUGGCUAUUAUGGCUUAAACCACAGAACAAACUGUGGCUCUACUAUCACAGUAUCCCAACACAAUCACGUGUAUAGAUAAUAGAAUACACUGUAAUCAAUACAGAUAUCAAUUCUAAUUUUCAAAUAUUGUAAAUACCUUAAAUACCUAUUUAAUUCAUAUUUCAAAAUUAUAAUUGUUUAAACUUAAUAAACUUGAAUGAUUUUAUAAGAAUAAUAUAAUCAUUGCUGUGCGCUGGAAUCUUUCAUUUAUAAUUUAAAACGUAACUACCUAUCUUAAAAUAAAAGGUAUGACGUAAAAUUUAAAUUUUGUAUAUAAUAAAAUUAUUAUGUCAAAAAAAAAUCGAAAAGUCUUUUCUACAAGAAAUCAAAAAUAUAAAAAGAGCAUAGAAGAAUGUACAAAUAUCAUUGCCACUUCUCCUUUUUGGAUACAAUUUUCAUCAACUAUUAAAGUGGUACUAAACGGAUCCAAUCCAUCAUCAAUCCUGUGCUAUGGAUUAGGAAAUUUUUUUGAGAGCAUACAAUCUAAAUACCAAUUAGGUUUACUUUUAACAAUUAAAAAUGAAUUUAAAGUAAAGAACUGUUAUGUUUAUGAUCCUAAAUUCACGGACGCUGAGCGUACCUAUUUAGCUGAAGUUGGAUGUGAUUCACUUAGUGAAAAUGAAGAAGGAAAACGAAGUUUAUUACCUGGUACAUUUGUAUAUAUGCCUCAUUGUCCAAAACAGCUAUUAAAUAAUUUAUUAUGGGCAAAUUGGAAUAAGGAGAUUCUAGCAAGUUGUAUAAUUGUUUGUAAUAGCAUUGACCAAACAGUGACUUCAACUUUGGACCGAAUUUUAAAUAAAUAUGCUUAUUAUGUACAAAAAAUAUCUCCAUAUGUCAUAGAAAAAAAAUGUUGUGAUAAUUUUAUAUAUGAUGAUGUUUUCAAUGAUAUGGCACUUCAUAUUUUUCCUGAUGAAAAAUUAAAAGAACUAGAAAAUAUUUUUUGGGAACGUAGUAAAGAACCAUUGUAUGAUAAUGAUGAACUAGAAUUUAUAACAAAAUUUGAGUGUAUGUCUUUCCAAUCUUAAUAUAUAAUCUUUAUAAUUACUUAAAAUAACAAAACAAUUGUAUUUUGAUGGUUCAUUAAUAAAUGUUUUUUUUGUAUAUUUUAUUAAAA